UAAUGAGAAUUGAGUGAGGUCAGGGCUGUUGAGGGAGGAAGUUGAUGUGGUUACCCAAGCAGAACAAGCAAGGGAAGCAGCCCUCUUUUUUUCUGUUUUGGUUACUGUAUUUAUUGAACUGGAAGCCACCGGAAAACGAAUGUGAAACUAAAGAGCUGGUAAGGAAUCGACACCAUUCCUCAUGGCGGUUGGUUCGCAUUUGGAUCUUGGGAUGGGCCGGAAGGAAGGUGAGGCCCGAAGGCCGUCUGGCCUGGUGCUCCUGCUCACGCUGGCUGUCAUCACCUCGUCCUCUUUGUCGGCGCUCUCCUUUUACGGGCUGAUGGUCCUCAGAGCUGAGGUGAAGGGUCUCAAAUCCGAUAUGUGUCUCAAGAGGGAAACCGUGUGUGGAGAGCAGAAUAUGAAUAAUAGGAAAAGCAGUCACUCAGAUCCUCAACACACAUUGGUCCUUGCGAGGAAGAGGAGGACCAUCUCUGGAACAGAAACAUCAGUUUCACAGUCUUGUCUACAGUUGUUGGCGAACAAGAGUAGGAAAAUUUUUAGGAAAGAUUUUGCACUGGAGCCAUACACAGGCAUACCUUGGCAGACUGGCCUAAGGAGAGGGUCUUCACUUGAAGCGGUUGGAGACAACAUACAAGUCCUAGAGGAAGGCUUCUACUUUGUCUACAGUCAGGUGUACUACAUGGACAGCCGCUUUGCAAUGGGCCACGUGGUGAUCCGCAGGAAGAGGACAGUGGUGGGUGAUGAGGCUCAGCACGUGAUCCUGUUCCGCUGCAUCCAGAGCAUGGAUAGUGUGUACCCGUACAACACGUGUUACACAGGAGGUGUUGUGAAACUGGAAGUCGGGGACCAGUUGGAGCUGCUGAUCCCCAGGUCCUCUGCUGACGUGUCACUGGAUGGGGACGCCACCUUUGUAGGCGCUGUUCAGCUGCUUUAAAUAUUGCCUAAGGGAGUGCAAGUCCUGCAGGUGACCUUGAAAGAGACAUUUUUAUAAUGUAUGAAUGAGAGAGUCCUAUUGUUUCGCCUCAGACGAAACCACAUUUGUGGCUGUACUCUAUUUGCAGGUGGAAUUAUGACAGGGCGAUAUGAUCGACAAAUAAAAUAUCCGAUUUUAUUUUUUUGUAACCGAUAUUUUGAUUAAUGAAUUUUUUUGUUUUUGUUUUUUUUUUUGUCUCCUCUUCCCCCUUUUUAACUCUUAAGUUGCAAUGACAGCUUCCCAGGUCAAACGGAUUAAAUGCUACCAGCGAUAACUCAUUUAAAUUUACAAUAGAAAGAUGAUUGGACGUCUAUCAUCUUAAAUGGCACUAAAAAAGUUAAAGGUUACAAUAAGAAAACUCAAAAUACUGUAGUUUUAUUUUUAAAAAUUAAUUUUUAAUUAAAUGCUACUAGCGAUAACUUAUUGAAACUUACAAUAGAAGGAUGAUUGGACGUCUGUCAUCUUCAAAGGCACUAAAAGAGUUAAAGGUUACAAUAAGAAAACUCAAAAUACUGUGGGUUUUAUUUUAAAAAUAAAUCUUGUUAAAUCUAAAUUAAAUUAAAUUACAAAAAUAUAUAUUCUCCCCCCUUUUUUUUGCCGUCAUCCCCACACAGAGUAACAAACUCAUUCCCAUGGAAUAAUGCAUUGAUUAACAUGAUUUUUCUGUCCUCUUAUUUUCUUUUGCUGCUGUCUUAUUUUUGUAGUUACCACAAUAUUAAAGCACACUUGCGUGGCAAUAAGAACGACAAAAAAAUCACACAUGCGUGUGCUAUGUGGAAUGAAAAAUGAUCAUAUGGUCAUCAUAAUUUGAUUUAAAAGAUCUCCCUCACAUUUUCUUUUUCUCAUAAUAAAUGCUACUUUUUUUUCCUUUAAGUAUUCAUACGAUAUUAAU